UUUUCACCAGAUGAAAAUGCUCAACUUUUGGCAGUUUCUAGUUGGGAUUGUACUGUUCGCAUUUAUCAUAUUCCAGCUGGCCCGAUCACUGCAACUGAACGACGAGUUUAUACCCAUUCGAAGGCUGUAUUAGCUUGUUGUUUCUUUAAUCGGUCAGAAGUAGCAAGUGGUGGACUCGACAAUAUAGUCAAAACAUUCAACCUUGAAGUUGGUUCAGAAUGUGUUCUUGGUCGUCAUGAGGCCCCUGUAAGAUGUAUAGAAUAUUGCAAGGAUCAAUCACUUCUAGCUUCAGGAGGAUGGGAUUCAAUCGUAAAAUUAUGGGAUGUUAGGACAAAAACAACAACUGGUUUUGGUAAUAAUGGAGGGAAAGUUUAUGCUAUGGAUGCUAUUGCAAAUCGCGUUAUUGUUGGUACAAGUGAAAGAAAAAUUGUUGUGUGGGAUGUAAGGAAUCUCGAGCAACCAGAACAGAUUCGUGAUUCUCCUUUGAAAUUUCAAACUCGUGCUAUCAAAUGUUUCCCGAAUGGCGAUGCAUUUGUUGUAUCGUCGAUUGAAGGUCGUGUCGCUGUCGAAUAUUUUGAUCAAUCACCAGAAGUACAAAAAAAUAAAUAUGCAUUCAAAUGUCACAGAGAAAAAACAGAAUCUGGCGAAGAAUUCAUAUAUCCGGUUAAUUGCAUUGCUUUUCAUCCAAUAUAUAGUACUUUCGUCACUGGAGGAUCGGAUGCAUUGGUUAGCAUUUGGGAUCCCUUCAAUCGAAAGCGCAUUUGUCAACUACAUAAAUUUCCUACAACUAUCGUAAGUGUUUCAUUUAACUCAAGUGGUUCGCAGUUGGCUAUUGCAACAUCAUAUAUGGAUGAGUUGAAAGAACGACCCAAUCCAGAGCCGGAGAGUUCAGUUGUAGUUCGGAAAAUAACUGAUGUGGAAGCGCGUCCAAAGUAA